UGCCCAUCACAUGGCCUUGGCAACAUCACAACCAAACCCAACCAAACCAAACAACGCAAUCUCGUAAAUACCUCCAUUCCCAAGGGCAUUUCUGUCAUACCAUCCCCUUAUAAAGACUCAGCACUCUCGUUCGCUUCUCCCCAACUCAAACUUCUCACGCUGCUCUUCGUAUAAGCUACGCCGCACAGCAGCAACAGGCUCCCCGUUUGCCCGGAAAAAAAAAAUGUCACCGUUUACCGGAAAGUCCAACAAGAUCGGCCACAUUGUCAGAGUCCGGCAGAUGCUGCUGCGGUGGAGGAAGAAGGCGGCCGCCGCGGCGGGGAGAGUUCCGGCGGACGUGCCGGCGGGACACGUGGCGAUCUGCGUGGGGAGCGAGUGCCGGAGGUUCGUCGUGCGAGCGUCCUAUCUGAACCAUCCGGUUUUCCGGCGAGUCCUGGCUCAGGCCGAGGAAGAGUACGGGUUCGCCAACCAGGGGCCCCUGGCCCUGCCCUGCGACGAGUCGCUUUUCCUGGAGAUACUCCGAGUUGUGUCCCGGGCCAAGACCAACUCAGACUUCCAGAGAUGCUCCCACGUGGAUCGCCUUGGUGUUCCUGCCGAAUCUCGACCGUUGGUUCGAGGGUUCCCCGACAAAUCGGUCUACUAAUUUAAGUACGAGUCGGCACCUGGAGCUAGUCGACCGACCCCGUCUACCUGACUGACUUCUGGGAUUCUUAUAUUCUUUCUCCCUUUUUUUUUUUUCUUUUUCUUUUCGUUUUUUGGUAAAAACAAAAGAAAAAAGAAAAUUGCUUAGCUUAUAUAUAUAUAUAUAUAUAUAUAUGGUAUGGAGAUGGCAAACAUGGGCUGUGUCGACCCGGCCGAGUCAUCCCGAGUUCGAGUGGGAGGCAGUCUAGAUAUGGCGAAUAUAUAAUAUGAUGAUGAUGAUGAUGAUGAUGAUGAUGUAUAUUUCUUGAUUUAUUGACUCUAUGAAAUGAAAUGAAAUGAAUGUCUGAUAUAUUUAUCUCUUUUUUCUUU